GCCGCGGCCCCCGCUCCGCCCGCCCGGCCCCGGCCCCCAGGAGGAGGCGCUGACGCAGCAGCGUGGAGCCCGGGAAUUGAGCGCCCCCGGGGGGUUCCAGCCGCCGGAUUCCAGCCCGGCCGGGGCCUGCGGGAGCCCAGAGCCGCGCCGUCCGCGCCGCCGUCCCGCUUGGAGGUACUCCAUGACACACACUCGGAGGAAGUCUCUUUCCAUGCUGAGUUCGGGCCCCACGGGCCGCCAGGAGCCCCUGCAGAUGGAAGGCAGCAGUAUGGAGCAGGGGGCAGAGGGUGUGGAGCCAGGUCCUCCUGAGAGCCCAGGGCACCUCAUGGGGCGCCGCAAGAACUACCCACUGCGGAAGCGCCCGUUAAUUCCCGAGAAGCCCAAGGCCUGCAAAGUGCUGCUGACCCGCCUGGAGAAUGUGGCUGGUCCACGGAGCGCAGAUGAGGCUGAUGAGCUGCCCCCCGACCUGCCCAAGCCCCCUAGCCCGGCCCCAUCCAGUGAGGACACUGGCCUCCCCCAGCCCCGCAAGCGGCGCCUGGCCUCCCUCAACGCUGAGGCCCUCAAUAACCUGCUGCUGGAGCGGGAAGAGACCAGCAGCCUGAUGGGCACCCGCCGCAGCCGAGGGGGAGACCCCCACCGCAGCCGGGACCGUGACCGGGCCACUGGAGGCUGGGCCUCCUCCAAGAAGCGGCCCCGGCUGGGGGACCUCGGAGGAAGUCGGGACCUGUCCCCAGAGCCAGCACCGGAUGAAGGGGCCCGCCGAGAUGGCGAUCCAACUCCCAAGAGACUGGCCAGCCUGAAUGCAGCUGCCUUCCUAAAGCUGAGCCAGGAGCGGGAGCUACCCCUGCGGCCGCCUCGUGCCCAUCCAGAAGCAGACGGGCACUCCACUGAGCCACCAGCACUGAGGGCCCCGAGGCCAAAGUGGGCCAAGGUCAAUGGCAAGAACUAUCCCAAGGCCCGGCAGGGGGCUGGCUCUGGGGAGGCUGCAGGCCCACCCGGCUGGCAAGGACACCCCGAGGAGCCAUGGCCAUCUGCCACCCCUCGUGGGCCGUCCAGCCAGCCACCUUACCAGCCCCUGAGCGAGGCUCUAGAGAGCCCCUUGGGGCUGCGCCCUCACCUGCCCCUGCUGAUGGGUGGGCAAGCAGCCUUGAAGCCGGAGCCCGGGCGCCCAGGCGAGGAGUCACCUGCCCCCAAGCAGGAACUGCACCAGCCCUCUUUCCCCGCACCCCAGCUCUCCCCGCUACCGAUGCCUGGCAACCCCGCCGACUACAGUGGCCUGUGUGGUGGGCCUGAGCUCACCGCGCUAGGCAGCUUCUACCUGUACUGCAGCCAGGCCGGGCUGCGGUGUGGGGGCUACCCCUCCUGCUCCGUGCUCCCCGAGGACAAGCUGUCCCCAGUGGCUGCAGCUAACGCGGGGCUCCUCUUGGCCCCGAGCUCAGUGCCCGCCACGGGCACCCACUUCCAGCACCCUCCAUGGGGUUCUCGCUACUGCUCCAGUGAGGAUACUGGAGUGAAUGGCUACAGCAUCUGUGAAAUGUUGCCCCCGUCUCUUACCCACAUCGGCACUACCUGUGGCGGCUGCCCCUACAAAAUGCCUUUUGCAGCAGAAGGCUGCAGGUCCCUGGGCCAGCUGGAAUUUCCUCUCCCAGAAGCCGGCCACCCUGCCUCACCUGCCCACCCCCUCUUGGGAUGCCCUGUGCCCAGCGUGCCACCUGCAGCAGAGCCUGUCCCCCAUCUUCAGACACCCACCUCGGAGCCCCAGACGGUAGCUCGCGCGUGCCCUCAGAGCGCCAAGCCUCCUAGCGGCUCCAAGUCAGGUCUGCGCACGGGCUCUAGCUGUAGGCACACUGCGCGGAGCAAGGCUGCCCGCAGGCCCAGCCACCCCAAGCAGCCUCGCGUCCAGCGCCCACGCCCACGCCGCCGCCGCCGCCGCCGCACUAACGGCUGGGUGCCCGUUGGGGCUGCCUGUGAGAAAGCCGUCUAUGUCUUGGAUGAACCGGAACCAGCCAUCCGAAAGAGCUACCAGGCGGUGGAGCGGCAUGGAGAGACGAUCCGAGUCCGGGACACUGUCCUGCUCAAGUCAGGCCCUCGAAAGACGUCCACACCUUAUGUGGCCAAGAUCUCUGCCCUCUGGGAGAACCCGGAAUCAGGAGAGCUGAUGAUGAGCCUCUUGUGGUAUUACAGACCAGAGCACUUACAGGGAGGCCGCAGUCCCAGCAUGCACGAGCCUUUGCAGAAUGAAGUCUUUGCAUCGAGACAUCAGGACCAGAAUAGUGUGGCCUGCAUUGAAGAGAAGUGCUACGUGCUGACCUUUGCUGAGUACUGCAGAUUCUGUGCCAUGGCCAAGCGUCGAGGCGAGGGUCUCCCCAGCCGAAAGACAGCACUGGUGCCCCCCUCUGCGGACUACUCCACCCCGCCACACCGCACAGUGCCCGAGGACACGGACCCUGAGCUGGUGUUUCUUUGCCGCCAUGUCUAUGACUUCCGCCAUGGCCGCAUCCUCAAGAACCCACAGUAGCCCCCUCACGCCCACACUGGGGCUGCCCACGGGCAAGUGGGGCUCAGGGCAGGGGGCACUGCUUGAAGCACAGCACUUGGUUAAGGGGCCACAGGAGCCUGAGGUGGCUGGCCUGUGGUUCUCUUGUGGGGGGAGGGCAGGGGCCCCUAUGGAUUUGGACCCCAUGGGAGGGAAGGGGAGGCCAGGGUAUAUGAAAAGCAUCAGAGCCCUCAGCUUGGCCCAGGGCACCUCUCUGUGGUCCCCUGGGCAGAGGCUCCUGAAGAAGCAGUCUUCCCUGAGGCUGGGCGAAGCCUCAGGGGCAUGGCCCCUGGGGGGAUUGGGGGAAGGUCCUUCAGGAACCAGGCCCUUCUUUGUCCUCCCCUGGGCCCUUCAGGGGGGAGUGGGAGCCAGCUUUACCUCACCCACUGUGACCCGCUGCUUCCCCAUUAGCCUGGGACCAGGCUCUCCCAGAUUCUAGCACAGCUCCGAGCUCAUUCCUUUGAGGCCUAGGGAGCCAGAGUCUGGCUCCCAGAGCAUUGACUUUCUCUUCCUGGACUUGGGGCCUUUCUCUGGCAUUCCUCCUUUGCCCCUGCAGUAGCCCCUGGUGCUGGGACAAGUUACCAGCCCUCACAGUCAUGGGUGUGGCCCCCUUGUGGGAGUCAGCUUCCUGUCCACCUCCUGGUGAAGGCCACCCAGCAGGUCUGGCCUCCCAGAAAUUAACUGAUCAACAUGGGGUUUGUCAUGUCUGGGAGAGCAGAAGGGAGCUGGGAGGGGGUGGGGGCAGGGGGCAAGGAAAAUUGCUACCUGAUUUAUUGAAGACUUUUCCUCUUGCCUUACACUUAGAGGUUUAGGAAACCUCUUGCAGAACUUCACACAUGACUUUUCAAGCCACACCCACCUGAAAUCAAACCAAAGGAGUGCUGUGGCUCCCCUUGCCCUGCCACCUCUUACCCUAGUCUUUUGUAGAUUGCACUAAUUUACAUCCCAGCGAGAAUCAACACUGUAUCAGUCCACAGACCUGCUGAGCUGCAGCCUCUCACUCUAGGAGCUAAGGACCUGCAUUUUCAGUUUGUUCCUGUUGCCCAGGGGCCCUGUUCUCACCUCAUGCUGCUCCCCAGAGUAGAUUAGGAGACUCAACCCCCUGCUAUCCUUGCCAGAUCUAGGCCCUGGCCCUGGCCCUGGGGCACUCCGUGUGGCGGCUGGAGCAGUCUGCUUCUUUCCUAUUUGUACCAAAGAGGAGCCUGGUAGGGAGAGGGAGUGUGGCUUGGGCCCGGCGCUGGGCACAUGCUCGUGAGUGAUUCCACAGGCCACAACCCUGGGGACAGGAGUCAAGGAGGGCAGCACUGGGUCCCCCUCCCCUAGGGAGGGGCAGACAGACCCUGCAGGCUGAGGAGGCGGCACUGGGUGAGGACAGUUGGGCGGGAGGUGGAAGUGAAUCCUGAGGGCACUCCCAGCGAUCCCCCAACCCUGUGCUGUCCCUGAGCAGAUGGCUGCUCCUGAUUGGUCAUUGGGCUUGGGUGAGGCCUGGACCAUUCAGAGGUGAAUUUACACUUGGGAAGCCCAACCCCAAACCUGAAGGGAAGGAACUUGGGUCCCCUUGUAUUGAAUAAGCUGUUUGGAGGAAGGCAUCAUCAGUCCAGGAGGGCGGGGCAGUAAGAGAGGUUGGCAGAGUGGCCGUGGGGUGGGGCCGUGGUGGCUCUGGAGACCCAGCCUUGGAGCCUGCUCUUUCCCAGGGCGCUGGGCCCUUGCUGCCAAGGAGCCCAGCCUCACCCAGCAGGAGAUCAGGCCCCUCGUCUCCCAGGAGGCAGGGUCCACUGCCCACAACUUAAAUGCUUUUGAAAUCUCUUAGAUGUGGAAAUAUUUUUUCGAACCUGAAAAUGCAGCUGGUAGAAUUUCAAUGGAAGCAUAAUUCAUGUAAAAUAUAUUUUAGUUGAUAUUUUGUAAAAUGCACUUUUUGUGUGUGUCGACCCUGGUUUCUCAGAUCUGUAUUUCAGUGUUUACAAGGGAGGGAGGACCUUUCCUCACCUCCCUUUUGACAGAGAUUAGAAGUACUUCUUUAAGAAAAAAAAUAAUAAAUUUGAGAAAUUGUA